AUGAUCGUACCACGACAAUCCCGUGCCCCGACCGGUACACACCCCUUGCCCGGGUCCCCCCUUCAUAGUCACACCCCCUGCCCCCUCAUGCCAUCCGCUCCCCCCCGCCCCUACCCUCCGCGUGCCCGCUCCCUCGCCGCCUCUUUUGACCCUCCCUGCCCCCCUCGCCGUUACCCACCGCUCGCCAUUCGCUCCUCCCCGCCCGUGCCCUCCCCUCGUUUACCUUCGCCUCCCCCCUCCCCUCCUCUGCUGCACGCCUCUUCCUUCCCCUCGCUAACCCACUCCACUCCCUGCCCCUCCUCAAUCCGCACCCUGCCCCUCGUUUCUCGCCCCCCUACGCUUGGUUUCUCCCCUCCCUGCCCCUCGCCGCCUUUCUCCGCUCCCCACCUCCCCCCUCUCCCUGCCCCCCCACUCUCCUCCACUUGCCCUUGGCUUCCCACCUCCCUGCCCCACCUUUCCCCCCUCCGUGUGCUCAGCUUCUCCCCUCCCUGCCUCUCCCUCCUCCCCGCCCUGCCCCUCAUUUUCCGCCCCCCCACGCCCGGUUUCUCCCCUCCCUGCACCUCCCUUUCUUUCUCCGUGCCUCUCCUUUGCUCCCUCCCUGCCCCCGCCUGCCCAUGCCCCUGUCUUUGGUUUCUCCCCUCCCUGCCCCACGUUUCUUCCCUCCCUGAGAUCACCUUGUACCCCCUCUGCCCCUCCCUUGUUCUCCCCGCACCCAUUGCUUCUCCCCUCCCUGCCCUUGAUUUCCCGCACCCCUGCCCUUGUUUCCUACCAUCCAUGCCCCUCGUUUCCCCUCUUUGUACGUUCACCCUCUUCCCUCCCUGCCCCUCCCUUCCUCCCCCCCUGCCCUUUGCUUUCCCCUCGUUACGCUCCCUUCUCCCCAUCCCUGCUGCCCUCUUACCACCAUCAGCCCGUCCCCACCACCAGCCCCCCUCCCACCCUUCUCCCCCCCCCCCCUCUCCCUCUCUCUCUCUCUCUCUCUCUCUCUUUCUCUCGCACACACACACACACACACACUCCCCUCCCCCACCCCCCACCCACAUCCUCCCGUUCUGCCCCUCCCUGCCCCUGUUCCACCCCCUCGCACGCCCCUCACCUCUCACCUCCGUUCAACUGGAUUCCCCCCCUCUGCCCCUGCCCGUUGCUGCCCCUCCCCUUGCCCCCUCAACUCCCCUGCCCCCCGUACACCCCACUCCCGUCCAACCGCCCCCACCCUCCCCCGGCUGCCCGUUUCCGCUCUCCACCCCCGCGACCGUGUGCGGCUUCCAACCGCCCAACGGUGUCACACCCCCUGCCCCCUCAUGCCAUCCGCUCCCCCCCGCCCCUACCCUCCGCGUGCCCGCUCCCUCGCCGCCUCUUUUGACCCUCCCUGCCCCCUCGCCGUUACCCACCGCUCGCCAUUCGCUCCUCCCCGCCCGUGCCCUCCCCUCGUUUACCUUCGCCUCCCCCCUCCCCUCCUCUGCUGCACGCCUCUUCCUUCCCCUCGCUAACCCACUCCACUCCCUGCCCCUCCUCAAUCCGCACCCUGCCCCUCGUUUCUCGCCCCCCUAUGCUUGGUUUCUCCCCCCCUGCCCUUUGCUUUCCCCUCGUUACGCUCCCUUCUCCCAUCCCUGCUGCCCUCUUACCACCAUCAGCCCCCCCUGCCCGUUGCUGCCCCUCCCCUUGCCCCCUCAACUCCCCUGCCCCCCGUACACCCCACUCCCGUCCAACCGCCCCCACCCUCCCCCGGCUGCCCGUUUCCGCUCUCCACCCCCGCGACCGUGUGCGGCUUCCAACCGCCCAACGGUGGUGCGCACGGGGCGUUUCUUCGCGCGGGCAAGCCUCCCCGGGGGCCCCCCACCCCGCUGA